AUGCCAAGUCCGUUUGGGGCCAGCUAUGUUCCUAGUCACAGUAUCAUAUAAGCAUUCACAACAAGCUCAAAGUAGAAGAUACCUCAUACACUCUUUGUUCCCACUAUCUCUCAAAAUUACCUUUUUAUAUCAUCCAUUAAUUUAUUAUAGUCCUUUCUUCAAUUUUUGAUUCUAAAGUGUUUGAACAUAAGGAAAAAAAUGAGCAAGAUCUUUGUGGUUUUUCUAUGUGUAUUUAUAGUAGGUUUUGGAUUUGGGAAUGGUUCUGUUGAGAAAGAGGAGAUUGGGAUAUUUGAGUUGAAGAAAGGUGAUGUUUCUUUGAAAGUUACAAAUUGGGGUGCUUCCAUUGUGUCUCUUGUUCUUCCUGAUAAGAAAGGAAAAUUGGAUGAUGUUAUUCUUGGAUAUGAUUCAAUUAAGGAAUACACUAAUGAUUCAACAUACUUUGGAGCAACUGUUGGACGAGUUGCUAACAGAAUUGGAGGAGCUCAGUUUAAUCUAAAUGGAAAGCAUUAUAAAUUAGUUGCUAAUGAAGGAAACAAUACACUUCAUGGUGGAUCAAGAGGAUUCAGUGAUGUUAUUUGGAAAGUUAAAAGGUAUCAAAGAGAAGGUCCUAGUCCAAUUGUUACUUUCACUUACCAUAGUUUUGAUGGUGAACAAGGAUUUCCUGGUGACCUCAUUGCAACUUUGAGCUACACUCUAACUGGAAAAAAUCAAUUGGUCAUAAUAAUGAAAGCAAAAGCUCUCAACAAACCAACCCCAGUGAAUUUAGCAAACCAUGCAUAUUGGAACAUUGGAGGCCAAAACAGUGGCAACAUUCUCAAUGAAGUAAUACAAAUCUUUGGUUCAAAAAUCACAAUUGUUGAUAGCAAACUAAUCCCUACAGGAAAAUUUGCUUAUGUGAAAGGAACAGCUUAUGAUUUUCUCAAACCACAGAUUAUUGGAAGCAGAAUCAACCAAUUAGCUGAAACUAAGGGUUAUGACAUUAACUAUGUGUUGGAUGGAGAAAAAGGAAAAAAGAUUAAACUAGCAGCAAAAGUGCAUGACAAGAAAUCUGGUAGGGUUUUGACACUUUACACAAAUGCCCCUGGUUUGCAGUUUUAUACUGGGAACUAUAUUAAGGAUGUGAAGGGUAAAAAUGGAUAUGUGUAUAAAGCUCAUGCUGGACUGUGUUUGGAGAGUCAAGCUUUUCCUGAUUCUGUUAAUCAUCCUGAUUUUCCUUCAACUAUUGUGACCAAAGAAAAGGCUUAUAAGCAUUAUAUGCUUUAUAAGUUUUCAACCAAAUCUCAUUAGUAACACUUUAUAUUAUAAAGGUAUAUGUUGGGGUCUCAUGCCUACACAUAAAGUUAAGAUGAAUAUUUUUAUUUUCUUUAUUUUUGUUGAAGAUUAUGUGUCCAUGUUAAUGUUAUAUUGGUAACCAUGUCUAUGUCUAUUUUAAUCUUUAAUAGACUAAUUAAAAAACCUAAUUAAAUAUA